GCGGUGGUUUGAAGGAUCCGCGCGCUGAGCGGGGUGGCCCGGCUGCCGCGGAAUCCGGUGGUUCUUCUGCCGCUGAGAUGUCGGUGCUGAGGCCGAUGGACAAGCUGCCCGACCUGAACGGGGCUACCAUCUUGCUGGUGGGCACGGAGGAUGCGCUUCUGCAGCAGCUGGCGGAAUCGAUGCUCAGAAACGACUGUGCGUCGGACCUGAGGGUCCAUCUGACCAACUCCCUCCCUUUGUCCUCCGAUGUGAGCCGGCCCCGAAUUGACCUGAUUGUGUUCGUGAUCAACCUUCACAGCAAAUACAGCCUCCAGAAGGUGGAGGAGUCUCUGAACCAUGUGGACAGCAGAUUCUUCCUGGGGAAAGUGUGCUUCCUCGUCACAGGGGCUGGACGGGAGAGCCACUGCAGCAUUCACCGGAACACAGCUGUGAAGCUGGCCCACACCUACCGGAGCCCCCUGCUCUUCUGUGACUUAGAGUGGGAGCCAGCCGUGGUGAGGUCCCAGCUCCGUGACCCUGUGCUUGACAGUGUUCUUGGCCUUCACCAGUCUCGUCGAGUCCCCGUUUCCGCUUGAUCGGGGCUCACAGUCUCUGCGGAUCAGGUUUGAGGAACAAGGUAGGAAGCUCCCCAGUGAGGCGUGGCAGACAUGGGGUGGCCAUCAGGUACCCCUGCAUCUCAGCCGCCAGCCAUGCCUGGGCCUCUGCACCGGGCAUGGGCGCAGGGCCAGCCACCCCCUCGUCGCUGUUCUUUGCUCUUCCCUGAAGGUGGAAAGCUUUCGAGCCACCAUGGCACAGCGCCUGGUGCGCAUGCUGCAGAUCUGCGCGGGCCACGUGCCAGGCGUCUCGGCGCUGAACCUGAUGUCCUUGCUGAGGAGCCCCCCGUCCAAGGAGCUGUGAGCACUGCCGCCCUCCCCACGUUUCAUGCCAGCUCCAUAAGCAGCCAGUGUGGGUGAAGACCAGUCAGGGGCUGACAGGCCCAGAGGCAGCCUGCUCACUGCGGGGCCGAGAUCGGCUCCACCAGGCUGUGCUGGGCAGGAGCAGGGAGGGAGCCCAGCAGUUGAAACCCCACCAGCCUCCUGCUCCCCGGAUCACCCACAGAGGCCCGAUCUCCACCUGUCUAACGGUGCACAUCCACCUGAGAUUCCUGUAGAACAAAGAGCCACAGCUAAGCAAAAGCCCUGAAAAUCUGUCUCCCCCACCCCUGACUCUGUACAUGAGGAGACUGACUCAGGACAAUUAAGGGGGCAGGCAUUGGCUUCCAGGAGCCCAGUGGAUGCUGGCCCUGCUUCUCUGACAGCCUGGCUGCUGCUCCCUGGAGCCUGUUCCCCUGCUUCUACUUGUUGAGGAUUGAAUAAAAUGUCAGGUGGCGUGCUGCCUGAGACUGUGUUGCUCCCUGGGA